AUGGAGGACAUCCUUUACUGUAAGGAUUUGUAUGAGCCCCUUCAAUUGCUGGGACAAAAACCAGAAGGGAAGUUAGACGAUGCAUGGAGCAUUCUGAAUAGAAAAGUUGUCGGAAAAACCCGACAAUGGGUGGAUCAAAGUGUGUUUCACCAUGCGGCACAAGAGACUGAUGCAUACAAAUUAUGGACAAAAUUGUCGUCCAUGUAUGAGCGGAAGAUCGCUCAAAAUAAAGUAUCGGUUAUCCGACGGUUGGUAAACCUUAAGUACAAAGAUGGUCGAAGUGUUACCGAAUGUCAGUGA